CGCUGCGCGUCACCUGACGCGCUUGACAGCCCGCUGCGGGCGCCGAGUCAGCUGAUCUCGGAGUCGAGUUGCGUGCGGGCUGAUCGGGGCUCUCCGGUCCCGCCGCCCCCGCCGCAGCCAUGUCGUUCUUCCCGGAGCUUUAUUUCAACGUGGACAAUGGCUACUUGGAAGGAUUGGUGCGCGGCCUGAAGGCCGGGGUGCUCAGCCAGGCGGACUACCUCAACCUGGUGCAGUGCGAGACGCUCGAGGACUUGAAGCUGCAUCUGCAGAGUACUGAUUAUGGCAACUUUCUGGCUAAUGAAGCAUCACCUCUGACGGUGUCAGUCAUCGAUGACAAGCUCAAGGAGAAGAUGGUAGUAGAAUUCCGCCACAUGAGAAACCAUGCCUAUGAGCCGCUUGCCAGCUUCCUGGACUUCAUUACGUAUAGCUACAUGAUUGACAACGUGAUCCUGCUCAUCACAGGCACUUUGCACCAGCGUUCAAUUGCUGAACUUGUGCCCAAGUGCCACCCACUAGGCAGCUUUGAGCAGAUGGAGGCUGUGAACAUCGCACAGACACCUGCAGAGCUCUACAAUGCCAUUCUGGUGGACACGCCCCUGGCGCCUUUUUUCCAAGACUGCAUCUCAGAACAGGACCUUGAUGAGAUGAACAUCGAGAUAAUCCGUAAUACGCUUUACAAGGCCUAUCUGGAGUCCUUCUACAAGUUCUGCACUCUGUUGGGUGGAACCACAGCUGAUGCCAUGUGUCCUAUCCUAGAGUUUGAAGCGGACCGCCGAGCCUUCAUCAUCACCAUCAACUCUUUCGGCACAGAGCUGUCCAAGGAGGACCGUGCCAAGCUGUUUCCACACUGUGGCCGACUCUACCCUGAGGGCCUGGCUCAGCUGGCUCGAGCUGAUGACUAUGAACAGGUCAAGAAUGUAGCUGAUUACUACCCGGAAUACAAAUUGCUUUUUGAGGGUGCAGGUAGCAAUCCUGGAGACAAGACCCUGGAAGACCGAUUCUUUGAGCAUGAGGUAAAGCUGAACAAGUUGGCCUUCCUGAACCAAUUCCACUUUGGUGUCUUUUAUGCCUUUGUGAAGCUUAAGGAACAGGAAUGUCGCAACAUUGUGUGGAUUGCUGAGUGCAUCGCCCAACGUCAUCGCGCCAAGAUCGACAACUAUAUUCCCAUCUUCUAGCAUUCUAACCCAAGUUUCCCAAGUGCACUGUGUGUGUCUUUGUGUGCUGUGGAGAAGCCCAGGGCUCACUUGUCUGACCUGGUGUAGCACACUGUCUUGGAGCUGGUUGUCCAACUUCCAUGACCCCCACCAGGACUGCUCUUAGGACUGAAAGGGGGUUAGGCACCUAUCCCCUGAUCAAGAAUGGACCAAGAUCCCCUCCAGAGCAAAGUGCUCAUGUCCCCCAUACCCCUUUACAGCCGCUACCGUGUCUAAGAAAUUUGUGUCACUUUCAUAUCCCUCCCUAACCAGAGAACCCCUGGGGCAGUACAAGCCUCCUUACUCCUCUGUGGGUCAUCCCCAGAACCAUGGCCUGUGAGAAUAGAGAAUGUGUAUUCUUGGAGUCUGAGGAAAGUAGUUUUGCAGCCCUCUCCCUCAGCUCUACCCCUCUGAGACAAUAAAAUUGCCCUCUUUAAAAAGCC